AUGCAAUCGCCUCUCCCUCCCUCCCGCCAUUGCCUUUCCCUCCUCACCCGCCAUCGCCUCUCCCUCCCCGUCGUCGCCUCUCCCUCCCUCCCCGUCGUCGCCUCUCCCUCCCUCCCCGCCGUCGCCUCUCCGUUCCCUCCCCGUCGUCGCCUCCUCUUCCCUACCCGCCGUCGCCUCUGGCGACAGGCGCCAAGCGCGAGCGCCAAGGCGAAUCUACCUCUGAGGCACCGUGAUUCUCAGCGCUGGCGCCUAACGCGCUGGCGCCUAGCGCACUGGCUGUUUGCGCGCUGGCGCCUUACGCGCUGGCGCCUAUGCGCGCUGGCGCCGGUCGCGCUGGCGCCGUGCGCGCUGGCGCCGUGCACGCUGGUGCCUUGCGCGCUGGCGCCAUGCGCGAUGGCGCCGUGCGCGCUGGCGCCGUGCGCGCUGGCGCCGUGCGCGCUGGCGCCGUGCGCGCUGGCGCCUUGCGCGCUGGCGCCGUGCGCGCUGGCGCCGUGCGCGCUGGCGCCUUGCGCGCUGGCGCGUAACGCGCUGGCGCCUAAUGCGCUGGCGCCUUGCGCGCUGGCGCCUAUGCGCGCUGGCUCCGUGCGCGCUGGUGCCGUGCGCGCUGGCGCCGUGUGCGCUGGCGCCGUGCGCGCUGACGCCUUGCGCGCUGGCGCCUAA